CGAACCGAAUUGUUAAUGCUCAUCUAUUAAUCAAUCUGCAGUAGAAGGGGAAGACCAUUCUAGAGAUCAUAGUGGCUAUUUUGUGCUACCUUGAAAAGUCCAAUCCGAAAUUAACCACUUCUCUAAGAAAUCAUCCAUCCCUGCUGAGGUUUGAGAUCAAAUUAUGGACUCAAAAGAGGAUGUUAUACGGAUUUUGAUGUUGCCAUGGUUGGCACAUGGCCAUGUAUCGCCUUUCUUGGAGCUAGCCAAGAAACUUACCAGCAGAAAUUCGAAUUUCCAGGUAUACAUAUGUUCCACCCCUGUUAAUUUGAGUCCAUUUAGAGAGAAUCUUGCUGUAAAAUAUGAGCUGUCUUCUUCAAUCCAAUUCAUAGAUAUUCUUCUUCCUUCAACCUCAGAACUACCUUCUGAAUAUCAUUCCACCAAAAAUCUUCCACCCCAUCUCAUGCCUGCCCUGAAAACUGCCUUUGAUGGAGGAAAAGAUUGUUUUCUUGAUAUCCUCAAGGAUCUCAAACCUCACCUUUUAAUCUAUGAUUUUCUGCAACCUUGGGCACCAGCUGCUGCUCAAGAAGAGAACAACAUCCCAUCUGUACAUUUUAUGAGUUGUUCUGCAUCCAUUGGUGCCUUCUUGUUUCACUGCACUGAAUAUCCUGAUUUGGAUUAUCCAAUUCCAGAGCUGAAUUUCCCAAAAAUUACGCGUCAGGAACUAGUGCAGUUCAUGUAUAAUGUGUCAAAUGGUCUUACAAACAAGGAAAGAUACUCCCAGUGCAUUGAGAAAUCUACAAAUUUUUUCCUGGUUAAGACCUUAAGUGAGAUUGAACAGAAACAUAUGGAUUAUUUCUCUGAGAUGACCAAAAAAGAGGUGAUCCCUGUGGGUCCUCUUGUUCAAGAACCUGAAAAUAGAUCAAGUGAUAUGGUGUUCUUGGAGUGGCUGAGCAAAAGGGGUCCUUCCUCUGUUGUUUUCGUCUCAUUCGGGACUGAAUAUUUUCUCUCCAAAGAAGAAAUUGAAGUGAUUGCUUCUGGUUUAGAAUUGAGCAUGGUGAGCUUCAUAUGGGUGGUUAGAUUUCAUGGAAGAGAAAAUGUUACCAGUUUGCAGGAAGUAUUACCGGAAGGAUUUCAGCAGAGGGUAGCAGAGAGAGGUAUGGUUGUGGAAGGUUGGGCGCCACAAGUGAAAAUACUGAGCCAUCCAAGCAUUGGAGGAUUCGCGAGUCAUUGUGGUUGGAGUUCAACACUUGAGAGUCUAGCAUUUGGUGUUCCAAUUAUCGCAAUGCCUAUGCAUCUUGAUCAGCCCCUGACUUCAAGAUUGGUUGCGGAGCUUGGUGUAGGAAUAGAAGUACGAAGGGAAAAUGGGAAAUUCAGAGAGGAAGAGAUUGCAAGAGUGAUCAAACAAGUUGUCUUGCAAGAAGAAGGAAAAGAAGUUAGAAAGAAAGUUAGAGAAUUGAGUAACAAAAUAAAGGAGAAAGGUGAUCAAGAGAUUGAUCAUGUAGUGGAGAAGCUUCUGCAGCUUGUCAAGGAGUGAUCGUGAAUUUUCGAAUAACUCAAAAAAUAAAGGAGAAAGGUGAUCAAGAGAUUGAUCAUGUAGAGGAGAGGCUUCUGCAGCUUGUGAAGGAGUGACCAUGAAUUAUCGAAUAGCUCAAUGUACAAUAAUCGAUUUGUGUACACCAUUAGCAGAUAAACCACCCUGCUUUUAAUGUUGUAGGCUUGUAGCAUAUUCUCUGCAACUCUAUGAAAC